UGUCGUCCCAUUACUGGUCUAUUUACUCGAGAUCCUCUACCCGAUGAUGCUUAUAUACAUGUUGCUACGAUACCGGCAGGAGCUUCUAAUAUUUCUAUUACUGAAUUGAAAAAUAGCAUGAAUUUGUUGGUGCUAAGUACUGAUGAAGAUAGUUAUAUUAUCAAUGGUGAUAACACGGUUUCUCUAAGUGGUGCCUAUGAAGCUGCUGGUGCUGUUUUCGACUAUCAUCGUUUAGAUGGUUUGCAAGAGCAUGGUGAAGGUGUUACCGAAUGGGUUACUUGCACGGGACCUAUAAGAGAUAAUGUGGAAUUGAUGAUCUACAGCAAAACUAUGAAUCCCGGCAUUAAAUAUGAAUAUUUACUGCCCAUUACCUCUGAUUCGGAAGAAAAUGAAGUAUCGUUAGAAAGUGAUGGUUUUCUAAAAUCGGGCGGAGAAGAAACGUCCAUUAGUGCCAGUCAUAGUACAAAACGUCGUCGUUACAACUGGAAGGUGAUAGGUUUUAGCACUUGUUCCAAGUCAUGUGGAGGUGGCACACAGACUCCCAUCAUAAGAUGUGUACGUGAGAACCCCUUACGUUAUUAUUCCCAAAGAAGAUGUAUGCACGCCGAGAAGCCGGUUAUCAAUGAAAAUCUCUUAAGAUGUAAUACCCAACCUUGCCCAGCUUACUGGCGUUUAGAUGAUUGGGGUGAAUGUCGUUGUCAUCACGGUGAGGGAUCUAAGGAACGUGAAUUAAGUUGCGUACAAGAAUUGGCUUCGGGUAUUGUUAUACAUGUUGAUAAUUCGGCUUGUAUGGAGGAGAAACCAAUUGUAAAGAAACCCUGUGAUUGUCCCAAGAAUCGUAGACGUUCUAAUCAACGUUAUCGUUUGCACGGCUUAAGUCCCAAUGCCUCACAUACCCCUGUUAGGCGUAACGAACGAGCUGGGACUUGGUUAAUGUCGGAUUGGAGUCAAUAUUGUUCGUCGGAUUGUGGUAUGGGAGUUGAAUAUAGAACCAUUUAUUGUGAUCGCUCUAAGCCCAAUUCGGAAAGAUGUGAUUUCCGUGCUACACCCGAAAUUACCAGAUCUUGUGAACGUUCAGAUAAUUGUGAGACGGGAGAAUGGUUUUCGGGUCCUUGGACGCCCUGUAAUGGCAAUUGCUUUAAUUUGACUAGAACAAGACAGGUUUUAUGUAUACAAAAUCAAUUGAUUGUAGAAGAUGAAGAUUGUAAACCCGAGUUAAGACCCUCAAAUGUGGAGAAAUGUUCACAUGAAGAAGUGGAAUAUUGUGGACCUAGAUGGCAUUAUUCUGAAUGGUCAGAGGUAGGUUAA